ACAUCCAUGUGAAUUUAUUAAAGUGCUCAUAAACCAAAAUUAUAUCUAAACUAACAAUUUUACAUGCCGACAAUUCUUAAAAAUACCCAAAAGAAAAACAAAAACAACAACAAACAGAAAGCAGCGCGGCCAACAGCAGCAGAGAUAAAAGUAAACGUUGUCGUAUUGUAAAGGCAACGUUGUCGGCAUGGUUGUCGACAAUGCCGCCGCUCUCAUUUUGUGCGUGCUUGGGAAAAUGUGUGUGUGCUUCAGUAAAGUAGUGCGUAAAAACGAUUGAGAAAAACAAAAAAAAAAAGGAAAACAGAAAUGCAUGCCAAGAAGUUAUAAACAUAUACUAAAUGCUUAAGUGCAUGCGAGUGUACUCUCUAUCUCCUAUUAAACGAGGGUGACAACAACGAACGACCUAUAAGAGGGAUUGUGGGACCAACCAUUCGUCUUUGGUUGAAUUUAGAAAAAAGUAAAAACAAAACGAGAGCACCAUCACUCGUCAUCCAAGAAAAAUAUUAUAUCUAUGUGAGUGCGUGCAAGUGUGUGUGUGUGUGUAUGUGUGAAUGUGUAUGGAAAAAACGGUAAAAGUUGGGUGUUUACAAAUCAAAAUACAACAAACAAAAUCAGUUUAGAAGCAGCAAACGAGAAACGACGAGCCCCACAGCAAAAAAGGCGACAACGAUGUCUACCACUCACAGAUGUUAAUGUUCGUAUUUACUCACAAAUAAACAGGCGAUUCGCGAGCGAGUUUUAAGUCUUCGUACGGUCAAAUAUUUUCUUUGAAAGGCCCCACACACACACGCGUAUAACAUAGCAAUGAUAUCGCCAAGCAAAAAUUAAAUAAGAAAAAUAAGCAAACAAGUAAGCGGUGAUUUAAGUGCUGGCGUCUUAAAAUGCCAAGCAAGUGGACAGCGAUGACAGUCGCUCGCUCGCUCGCAUAUGUGCCUGAGUGUGUGCGUGUGUGUAUAGUGCAAUUAACCGGAAAUUACAAACAAAUGAUGUGAUGUGUGUAAUAACAACAAUAAAUAAUGUUAACGACGCAGAAGUGAAAUGAAAAAUGUCAAUGACGUUCGUUUGUUAUUAUUGUUGCAGCAGACAACGACUUGUGUGUUUUGUUUGACAAGAAAAGCCGUGAAACAACAGUAGUUAGUAGUAUUUUUAGUGUGAGUUUUUAGUGCUAAAGUGAAUUGUGCAAAGAAAAUAGAAUAGAACACCACCACCACCCUUAGCUAAACUAGAAUGUGGAAUGUGGUGUGGUGUGGUGUAUAUCUCAAUAUAAACCAACAAAUAUUCUAACAUGCAUACAUACAUCAAUAUAGAAAAAAAUUACAAAGAAACCAAACAACAACAACAACAUCAUCAAUAACAACAUCAUAAAAAAUAAGUGAAUAAAUAAAUGCCACAAUAAAAUAUUUUUCUAUGAAAAAAUACUAAAACACAAAACAACAACAAUAAGAAUAAUAAUAACAACACCACCAUCAUCAUCAUCAUCAUCGACAACGAAGACGACGACUAAAUGUUAAAACCUCUCUCAUACAAAGAAAGAAUGAAGAAAGAAAAUACCAACAAAACAUGUGAUGUGAAUGAGUGAGCAACAGCAGCAGCAGCAGCAGGCAGCACCACCACGGAACAUACCUGUGCGUAUGUAUGUUGUAUUGAAUUGAAUUGAGUUGAGUGUGUGUAUGCACGUUCUCGGUUUGUGAGUUAGAGAGAAUGUGUAGUGUGGUGAGCUGGUGGUGGCGUUAGUAUGCAAUGAAAUAAAUACAUCAAAUCUAUGAAUGGAUGUGGGGGGAUAUCUCCUCCAGCCCAUUCAGUCAGUCAGUGAGCCAGCAAGCAAGCCACCCAGCCAGCCAGCCACAUAGUAUGUAUGACCUGAAAGAAAAAAAUAUAAGAAAGAAAGAAAGAAGGCAAAGCAAAAAAGAAAAAAACAAAUCUAACGAAUACCAACAUAAUUUAAGCAAAUAACAAAAAAAUUAAAAUAAAAUAAUACGCAGUUUGUGAAUCAAGAAAAAAAAUCUUUCAUUCUCCACUCACCACCUAAUAUAAAAUAAUACACAAAAAAGAGGAGAGAGGGAGAGAGAAAAAAGUUCAUAAAAAAAUAAUCACUACAUACCGCAAAUAAAAACAAAAACAACAACACAAAUGUUGUUAAAGUGAAUUACAACAACAAAAACAGUUGAAAAAAAGUGAAUGAAAAUCGAGAAAAUAAUAAUAACAACAACAACAACAGCGACAAGAAAGUGAAGUGAAGUGUGAGAAACAGCAGCAGCAUCCAAUCGACCAACCAACCAGACAAGCUGAGAAGACACCCAGACAGACCGCAUCACAACAAACUCCCCUUCAACGGCCUCCCAUUAAUGCCGUUGAAUCCGAGUGCAGCCUCAUUUGCUGCAGAACACAAAAAACAGCAACAACAAUUUUGCUAGCAGCACUCACAAACGAGUACAACAUCAUCAUUGAAAGGAAAGAAAAACAGAUAUUACAAACUAAAACUGGCGAUAUAGAGUGACAACGAUGACCUUUAUCACUACUGAUCAGUACAAUAGAAGAGAUGCUAAUUAUCUUACAAAUAACAACAACAGCAACAAUAACCUAAUGGCCAAGAAGCGGAAAAUGUAUUUAUACAAACGCAAUGCAUUACAGGAAGUAAAAGAUGAUGCCAUAGCCUUGGGGAAUAGAGCAAGGGUGUCCUCAAUGGUAAUAGAAACGGCAACAACAUCACAACAACAACUAUUACAAACAUCAACACCAUUAUUAAACACAAAAACGCCACCGAUGACGUCUACACCUACGUCAUCAUACUACAGUAACAAUACCAACAACAAUUGCAAUAACAGUGACAACACAGCUGUAAGUUGUUUUCGUGUUUCUGUCAAUAACAAAAAUAGCAAAGUAUUGCAAAGUCCACAGCAGGAACAACAACUACAACAGCAGUCACUUUCUCAUCACUGUCAUCAUUGUCAUACGAUUGGUGGUCAAGAUGAUGAUGAGCUAUACCAUCCUAAACCAUUACGCAUCAGUGUUAAAAAUUCGCUUCCUCCUACGCUCAAUUGUAACACAUCGAAUCGACAGCAUGUACCAACAGCAGCAUCAGCAGCAGCAGUAGCAACAACAACAAUAACCGAGAAUCACCAUCGCUACCACCACCACCACCAUCAUCGCAGUUGUUCAUGUAGAUGUUCCACUAGAUUAGCUGGAACAAUUAAAACACCGGAAACUUUUGGCAAGCAUGAACUAUGGUCUCCGUCCAGGAAUUCCUAUUAUAUUUUAAGUGAUGUAACUAAUGACGCAAACAUUGGCAACAACAAAGGAUCAAAUGAAGCUCAAACUGAAUACCAACAACACUACCAACAAAACUCAAGAAUGCUUUACCGUUCCUGCUUUUUAACCAAUUACAAUAACUCAACUCCUUCCAGAAAUUGGUGCUGCUUUUGCCGCCGCUUCCAUAAUACAACAUCAGCUUCCUCCGUCACAGAGCAAACGAAGAUGUGUGCGGCAGCAGAUGCGGCAACAAGUGAUUCUCGCAUCCAAGCAAAUGCAGAACCAACUCCACAAUUUGCUUGUAGUAGCUCGCCAACGUUAUGCCCAUUGUCAUCCAGCAUGAAUCAAACUGCAAAUUUUUAUGAAUCGCCACCACCCCCCUUCACAUGCAGGCAACCACAAAGGCGAUUUCGAAAUUUUCCACAAAUACUACAGCUAUUUUGUAUGAUUUUUAAAAUUCUUUUUACCCUGAUGUCAACAUUGCUAGAAACCAAUGUCAAUAGUAGCAGUAGUAGAAGUAGUCAAGGAUCCAUUAUAUCACAUGUCCACCAUACUAAUAAUCCUCGAAUUGAAAAACAACGGAAGAUCAAUUGCCACCAGCGACGACGUCGGCGCAUACAUCUGCUAUCCAGCGUUUCAGAUUGGAAUAGAAUUGUUAUGACCUUAUCAUUGCUAUGCUUGUUUUUUCUCUCAUCGUCGGAAGCAACGACAUUGACUAUGGAAACGUCGUUGGAAAAUUCCAUUAAAUCGUUUUCAAGAUCAACCGAAUCUUCAUUAUCCGUGGAGCCACCUAGAACUGAGGUACGCCUAGGACGGAGAGAAACAGUUUGCAAAUCACUUGACAUACGCAAUAGUCCAAGUGAAAUGAAACAACUGGCCAAUUGUACCGUCAUUGAAGGAUUUUUGCUGAUAAAUCUCAUAAAUUGUGGCUCAUUUGAAGAUUACACUGAGACGUUUCCCUUGCUAACCGAAGUUACCGAUUUUAUAAUUGUCUAUCAAGUGUAUUAUCUUCGAUCUUUGGGACAAAUCUUUCCGAAUUUACGUAUUAUACGUGGCCGUACAAAUUUCGAAGGCUACGGUUUGUUGGUCUAUUUGAAUUCACACCUAGAAGAAUUGGCUUUACCGAAAUUGACCAUGAUUGGAUCUGGUGUGCGCAUCGAUAGAAAUGUUAUGUUGUGUUUUGUAAAAACAAUCGAUUGGACACAAAUUGUUCGUUCAAAUUCUUCGGAAAUUUAUGUUGACAAUAAUCGCGAUCCUAUUGAAUGUCCCUCUUGUCCUGGUGACCAAUGGGAUGUUUCAUCAAUUAGUCCAAACGAUCUGAAUUGCAAACCUCACCAUGGCCGUAGAAAUUGUUGGAAUAGUAAACACUGCCAAACAAUUUGCCCCGAAAGAUGUCGCCACAACUGCCUCAAUGAACAUACCUGCUGUAAUGAAAAAUGUUUGGGUGGAUGUUCUCCGAACGAUGUAAACGAGUGUUUAGUUUGCAGUAAAUAUGCAAUGAAUGACACAUGUGUGGAUAAAUGUCCCGAAGGCCUGUUAUAUUUUAUGGAUCGCCGAUGUCUACCUCAAGAGGAAUGUCUACGGCUGGGUUCAGUAUUUGAAGAUAAUAGUCCAAACACUCUGGUGUCGUUCAAUGGAAAUUGUACUAUGAAAUGUCCAGAGAAUCAUUAUAAAGUAAAUCGGACUUGCCUACCUUGUAUUGGGGAAUGUAUUAAGCGAUGUCCGGGGGGUCUAAUAGAUGGUGCGGCUAGAGCCAAAGAAUUUACUGGUUGCCAUAUUAUUGAAGGCGAUUUGACCAUAAUCAUAAAAAGAGCAAGUCAAAUACGUAACGAACUUGAAAAAGGAUUGGAAAAGAUCAGAGUCAUACGAGAUUUUUUAAAAAUCCAGGGUACCUUCGGUCUGUCGGAUCUUAGAUUCUUAAAAAACUUAAAAACUAUACAGGGAAAGAGAGUGUUUGAUGGAAAAUAUGCUUUAUAUGUUUUGGAAAAUACGGAUCUAGAGAAGAUAUGGAAUGAAAAUCAAACGGUGCAAAUAGAAAACGGUACUGUCUACUUUCACUUCAAUCCCAAGCUUUGUCUGGAUGAAAUCCAUGCUUUAUUGCCAUCGUUGCGGAACCAAACACAAUUCAAUAAUACGGAAGUCGCCGAAGAUUCAAAUGGUUCCAAGGGUUCAUGUAAUACGACGGAACUGAAUGUAAUCAUAAGUAAGGUACUCGCAACUGUUGCUCGUGUUAACAUCACCAAUCCCAUAACAUAUCCAGAUGAACGCACCUUUAUUGGCUAUCAAUUUCUGCACAUGGAGGACCCCUAUGGGAAUGCCACAAAAUAUGGAUAUCGACCGUGCGAUGAUAGUUGGCUGAUCAGUGAUCCUUCAAAGGCAGACUAUCACUUUUUCACCGGCCUCAGCCCCUAUACACGUUAUGCAUUCUACGUAAAAACGAUGACCAUUUCAACGGAACGGCAUAAUGCCCAAAGUCAAAUAAUUCAUUUCACCACAAAAUCAGCCCAACCCUCGAAAGUCAACUAUCUGCAUGCUUAUGCGAACUCCAGUUCACAGAUUGUAAUGAAAUGGCAACCUCCUACGUCCCCAAAUGGCAAAUUAAUUAAAUACAGAAUACGAGCUACAUACGAAGGUCGUGUUAACCAUGUUGAAUCCCGCAACUAUUGCAAAGAUCCAUUAAAGGUGGCCUCUAUAAAAAUCGAUAAGUCCAUUCCAACGGCUACUACAUCUGAGAACGCCAAACCACCACCUCCAGAUUGUAAAUGUCCCAAACAAAAAGGAGGAUCUGUCUUUCCCGAUGAAUCCGUAGAUGCCAAUAUUCACGCCAACAUUGAGUUUGAAAAUGCCUUACAGAAUUUUAUCUAUGUAAAAAAAAAGAAGGAUAGUAGCAAUAGCUCCAUUGAUCCCUUAACCAAAACAGAUGCCAAUAGAACACGUCGUGCUGCCGAAAUGGGCGAACCAUCGGAUAGCUUUUUGCUGCGUCAUAUGCGAGAUGUUUCUGGCAACAAGCUGAACGAUUCUAGCUUAGUGGGCCAUAAUACGACGACUGGUAUGGAUAUUACAGGAACCUAUUACAUCAACUUUAAUGCUUCGGUUAAUGCAUCAACCUAUGAAUUUACCUUUGAGCGUUUGAAACAUUUCUCAUGGUAUUUGUUAGAUAUAGAGGCGUGUCGAGAGCCCGAAGAGAAUAAUACAUCUCCCAAUUGUAGUGACCAAGUGAAAAUGUAUAUGCGUACUUUAAAAUUGAAUGAUGUUGACAAAGUAAAAUCGUUAUGGGCUCGAACAGAAACCACAAACUCUUCUCGCACAAAUAUAAGACUUUUCUGGAGUAAACCAGACAAUCCAAAUGGUGCCGUGGUAUCCUACACCAUAUUCUAUGUGCUGAAAACCCGCGAUGAAUUUGAAGAAAAGAAAUGUGUCACCGAAGUGGAUUACAUCACGUUUGACUACGAAAACAAUGGCUAUGUGUUGAGCGAUCUGCAAAGUGGCAACUAUAGCAUAAGGAUAAAAACGAAUUCCUUGGCAGGCGAGGGAAUGGAUUCGGAAACAAUUUAUGUCCAUAUACCGCCCAAUACUCUGGCUCCCAGUAUUAUAGCGGGUAUAGCAGUGGGAGUAAUAGUGCUUAUAGGAUUAAUUGGUGCUAUCAUAUACUUGCUGUUCCGCAAGAGAAUUCUAACCUCACCGUCGGACUUGAAAAUGAACCCAGCCAUGAGUCCGCAUUAUAUUAGUUUACAAUACAUACCCGACGACUGGGAAGUGGCCCGGGAGAAUGUCAUACAACUGAGUCCUUUGGGCCAGGGAUCCUUUGGCAUGGUGUAUGAGGGCAUUUUAAAAAGUUGUGAGGAUGAUACUCCCUGUGCCAUUAAGACUGUAAAUGAAAAUGCCACUGAUCGUGAGCGCAUAAAUUUCCUUAACGAGGCAUGUGUCAUGAAACAGUUUGAUACUUAUCAUGUGGUGCAUUUGUUGGGUGUAUGUUCGCGCGGCCAACCAGCUCUUGUCAUCAUGGAACUCAUGAAGAAUGGCGAUUUGAAGUCUUAUCUGCGAGCUCAUCGGCCGGGCGAAAGAGAAACAAUGAGCAAUGGGGGUUUACCCUCUCAGCCGCCGCCGCUAAGCCGCAUCUAUCAAAUGGCCAUAGAAAUAGCCGAUGGCAUGGCAUAUUUGUCGGCCAAGAAAUUCGUUCAUCGGGAUCUGGCGGCCAGAAAUUGUAUGGUUGCUGCCGAUCUUACAGUUAAAAUUGGCGAUUUUGGCAUGACCAGGGAUAUUUAUGAGAACGAUUACUACCGCAAGGGAACCAAAGGAUUGCUGCCUGUACGUUGGAUGGCCCCCGAGAGCUUAAGGGAUGGCGUUUAUUCCACCUCCAGUGAUGUCUUUAGUUACGGGGUUGUUCUAUGGGAGAUGGCAACAUUGGCAUCACAGCCUUAUCAGGGCUUAGGAAAUGAUCAGGUUCUACGCUAUGUCAUCGAUGGUGGUGUCAUGGAGCGUCCUGAAAACUGUCCCGACAAAUUGUAUACGUUAAUGCAAAAAUGUUGGCAACAUCGGCCUACGGCGCGUCCCAGCUUCAUAGAAAUAAUCAAAUUUUUAUACGAUUCGGCAGAUCCCAAUUUUCGCGAGGUAUCUUUCUACAAUUCUGAGGAAGGGCAACAUAUAUUGGCCAAAGAAAUUGCAGACCGAAAUCAGCGUUCAGGUGAUGUCUUUGAAGAUCCCGAGAAUGAUAUGGAAGACGUUACAACUCCCUUGCGUUCGGAAGAAUAUGGCAAUUACAAGUUGGACACUAAUUCCUCAAUUGGGCAACGCGGCGACUCUUCCAUGAUAAUGGAUGAUGACGUUGGUCACUCACCCUACAGUAUCGGUUCCCCCAUGGUUGUCAGCAGUACGCCGGAUGAGCAAUCACGUAGCAGUGUUCCCAGGAUUUUACAUCCCAACAGUCAUCUAUUAAACUCGGCCCCUUCCACAUCGGCUGGCUUAAGAAAGCUAGGCUCAAGUACGACUAGUCAGCAACUAAUGCAUCCACACACUCACCCACAUCACAAAGACCUUUACCAGCCCAACUUUUACCGGCAACAGUUGCGUCAACAUCAUGCCGGAGAAAUUGAUGCAUAUGUUCAGCCAGACUUUGAGCCGGUCGAUGAAGGCAACAAACGUGAUUCUGAUGAGCAAGGUUAUGAAAUCUAUGAUCCUAGUCCUAACUAUCGCGAGCAUGUACCGGUGGGUGGUGAUGAUGAUGAGGAUGAUUUCGGCAUACAUUCAACAGCGGUUCAAAAUUUAAUAGUACGCCCUAAGAAACAGCCCACUAUAAUGCCAUUGUCGACCUCUAUGCCCGACGAUACAAUUGCCCAACAGGCAGCUUCUUCGCUACAUCCUUCCACGGCCUCGGCGGCAUCAUCAAAUGCCUCAUCUUCGAAGGCCGGAACUGGUAAGUACCCAAGUCUUAGGGCCGUGGCUGAUUCUGCGCGCAGCCGUGUGAUGAAUAUGCGUUUAUUCCACAAACGUACCGGAAGUAAUGCUAGCCAUAAGAGUACAAAUUCCAAUCCAAAUAGCUCAACAGGAGUUGGGGGUAGUAUUAGUAAUCUCGCACGUACGGGUCGAGGCAAGAGUAUGAGCGGACAAAACCUUGGUACAAUUGAAAGUGGUGGCAGUGGUAGCGCAUCUGGCAGCUAUGGGGCAAAUCCACGCUUCUUCUCCACCUCAUCGGGCACAAGUACAAGUGAUAAUCCCACCUAUCGCAGGCUGGACGACAGCGUUGGCGACAAUAGCAUAAUUGGAACUGAGUCCUCAAGUACGCAUAGAAUUAGACCUAGAUUGCAUUCAGCUUCGGCAUUUAUGAUGGGCUCAUCACAUCCCACUUACAAAAUGCUAGACGAAUCAGUUAAUACAACCGGGUCGACUAAUACUUGUGGCGAAAACCCCAACUAUGAAAUAAUGCAACCUGGUGGUGCGCCGCCGCCAUCCCAUGCACAGCCAAUGCUGGGGCCGGGCGGAGAAGAGACCACCUCAUCCUAUGUCAUGAUGAAUGAACCAUCACAGAAUAAGAAAAUGCCUCCUCCUCCUCCUCCCGCUCCUGCUCCUGCUCCUACAGAAAUUAGUGCCAUGAGUAUAAGCGAUGAAGCUAACUACCAACUAAUGUCACCAUUGAUUCCUACAAACACCAAUACAGUAACAAUGCCAACAGCGACACCCACAACAGCCAGCACUAUGCCGCAGCCAUAUGCCGCAGCAGCAGCGACGACAGUAUUAGCACAACCCACAACACCCGCAACCGCACAACAAUCAGCAGGUCAAGCCAACCCGGCCACUGCUGCCUCUAUACUCUUGCGUGCUAGGGGCGGCGGUAGCGAGCAAAGAGCAAAUACACUCUCUUCCAAUUCGUCAACUGCCUCAACAUCCUCAAGUCAUGAGGGUGACGAUGAUGACACGCAUUCGACGACAAACAUAAAAUUACAAAAUAUUUCACUACGCCGAAGGAGCAGUAAUGAUCUGGCAACGAAAAAAGAUCGUAGUCGUAGCCAAAGUAGUAGUAGUGGCAAAAGUGCAACAAACACUGCCUCCUCAUCAAUAAUACCAACACAAACAUCAGCAUCACAACGACAACAACAGCAGCAGCAGACAUCAAAAACCACACCAUCGUCGGCGUUUUCGAGAAAAGAACAAUGGUUUAAGGAACAACAACAGACGACGACGCCACAACCACCGCCCAAUGGCUUUGUGGGGCGUGAAGCGUAAAUAUGAAAACAAGAACAACAGCAAAACAACAACGAAACGACUCCCCUAACAGCAGACGAGACACGAGACUAUAAACCAAACAUGUAUUUAUACAGCACAAGCUCCCACAAUUCGAACACCCAUACUCCCACCCCACACCACACCAAAAAACCACCCCUCCCCCCACCCCUUCCUUUCCCCCCACAAACACAAACACCCACAUCCAUAACCUUAUAAAAACAUUAUAAACAAAUAACAACAAACAAUUUAAUCUACUGACUGAGUUGGUUGAAUAUACAACUGCGUUUGUAAAUAAUCUUGUGAAAAAAAAACAACAACAAAAAACAACAGUAAGAAAGAAAAACAAAAAUAUUUAUAUUUAUUAUGUACAUAUAGCAUACAUACAUAUACACACAUAUUUAUAAAUAAUGCAUACAUACAUAUAUUGAUAUAAAUAUUGAUUGAUAUAUUUAUGUAUAUAUAUAUAAAUAUGUAUCUAUUACAUUAUUACGAUUAUAUUUUAUAUUAUUAAACAAACAAAAAAAAACAUUUUGAAUGUUUUAUACCUAGAAAAGUAUACAUACGUACAUACAUACAUAAGAGAACUAACAGUAACAAAACUUAAUUAUACGCUUAAACGAAAUAUAUAAAGAAAAACAAAAAAUUAUGAAUAAAACCUUUUUGGAUAUCAAAAACAAAACAAAACAAAAAAAAAACAACAACAACAAAAUUUACCGAACGGCAAAUAUCACACAUUCAUACAUAUGUGUUCAUAAAUACCCACAUAUACUCGUAUGCAUAUGCGUAGGUACAUACACAAGUGCUGCUGCAUGGAAUCGAUGAUUACUAUAUACACGACCCGAUAGAUAGCGAAGGAAAGAAAGCAAAAGAACUAUAUAUACCAUAUAUUAUAUACAUAUAUAUUCAGGCAUAUAUAUUUUGAAAUAUAUAUAUGUGAAGAUUAUAUAUGCAUAUGUAACAACAUACAUAUAUUUAUAUAUAUACAAUAGACCCAACAUAAUAACAGAUGAAAUUGCCAAAAAAAAAACCCGAACUAUACAAACAACACCUAGAC